AAAGUCAAAUUUGUAAAUGUGAAUUUUAUCGCUGAGACGAAUAUUCCAAUAAAAAAAUUGCACGUAUUUUUUUGAGGGUUUGAAGGCGCACGAGGGUUUGCAGUAUACAGAGCCUCUGAAAUGGCGACCCAGUGAGAUUUGACGCUUCGCAUCGGCAUUAGACUUUUCUCGAAUAGUUGAUGUCAGCCAUUAAUCGGAGCGGCCGCUUUCCGAGGUUUUAGAAUUGGUGUCGAUCGCCAUUUUAGGUCCUCAUUUUCGUCGAUCUUGGGCUGUUUUUGUUUGGCGAAGGGAAUAUGGUGCGCGUGGUCCUCUGAUCUCGGAUAAAUGCCGGCUUUACUGUAUUUCGCAUUGAGCUGAAACGCUUUUGAGAUUCAAAUAGUAUUACAUACAAAGAGAUUGAAUUUGUGGAUCCCGUGAUUAAGACGUGGAUGAGCUGGAAACUGAAUUUGCAGUGGCAAGGACUUUAAAAUUUCUUGUCGGACAACAAUGGAUGGAGAGAAGGCAGAACAGAACAUUGAACAAGUCUUGAAGAAACAGCUUGUGAAUGACUACCAUGAUAAUGCUUCUGUAUCUGAUGGUCUGAGCACUUUGCUUUCUGCUGACAGUGGGAUUGAAAAGGAAAACAAGAUGAAUGUUGAAACUACUGGUAUAGUGAAGGCAAAAGAGGAUGGAAUUUGUGAAGGUCAAGAGCAAAAUGAACCAAAUGCAAGCAUUGGUGAAGGAAUGGAGGGACUAAAUAUUGAAUGCAAUUUGCAGUCUGGAAUAGCUGUUCAAGUUCAGGGUCAAUCUGAACUGGCUUAUGAAGAGAAGAAUGCAAAAGCUGCUAAGGGAAAUGCUCAUGCAAUCCAGUCCAAAGGACAGAAAUCUGUCUCCACCAUGUCUGGAAAGGGCAGAAAUGCAUCUUCUGUGGUUCAGAAACCAAAGGCUACUUUAAAUUCAAGUGUUUUGUCAAAGGCAGUCCCAAAGGCUGCAACAAGAGUCAGUUUGGAUCCUGUUAUAAAGCGGAAGAACAAUUCUGGGCAAGAGCCUCAAGUUGAGGGCACUGAAGUUAUAUCUCCUGCUUCAAAUGGUUCACUUCCUUCAUCAGCUAACGUUGUUACUUCCCGCACAAAUUGCACGGUUCCACAGCCAUUUACUUUGGCAACUAAUAAAAGAGGUUCAUCUGCAAUCCAAACUGCUGAUGGUAACACACCAAGACGCAUGAGUGCAGGUGCUGCAGUGCCCUCAGCUAUCAAAAAGCAAGAGUCAGCAUCAAAACCCGCAUCAGCGCCACCAGCCAAAACAUUUUUACGCUCUAAAAGUGUGAAUACAAAUAAUCAAAAUGAGAAGCCUAUGAAGCAAGGGGAAGUGAAGCUAGGGGAAGUGAAUCAAGAGGAUGUAAAACAAGGGGAUAUGAAAAGAGAGGAUGAAGAUGCUCGAUCUGUUGCCUCAUCAACUACCACUAACAUAAGUUCUAAAGCAAGACCAGGUAGUGCUUCCUCUGUAGUUGGUUUUAAUUUUAGAUGCAAUGAGCGAGCUGAGAAAAGGAAAGAGUUCUACUCAAAGCUAGAGGAAAAGAUUCAAGCAAGGGAGCAGGAAAAAAGUCAUUUGCAGGCCAAGUCAAAGGAGAGUCAGGAGGCUGAGAUAAAGCAACUAAGAAAAAGUUUGACUUUCAAAGCAACACCCAUGCCGACUUUCUAUCAGGAAGGUCCACCGCCAAAGACAGAGUUGAAGAAGAUGCAGAUACCCACAACUCGCCCAAAAUCACCUAAGCUAGGACGGAAUAACAGUAGUAGAUCAUCUCGUCUUAGUUUGGAUGAAAGCAAGAUAAAUGGGGGUCCGCAGAAUAAUACAGAUGUGAAGAAGACAAUGCGGAGGUCGUUGAUCAAAUUACCAUCUCAAAAAUCAACAAUGAGUAAACCUAAUGAAACAUCUGAUAGCCAGAAACAAGGAACUUCAAAUAAAAUAGAAAAAGGAUCUGCUAACAGAUCAGUUGAGAAUGUAAUGGUGAAUGCAUCAAGGGCAGAUCAGGAUUCCUCUGCCAGUAUUAGCAAUGAAGUGAAAGCAAAAGUGGACGAGUCUGAAUCUUUUCAAGGUGAACUCCAACAGUCAAAUGGACUGUUUGAUAUACCAGGUGUCAAUUUCGAGAAUGGUGUUGAUGAGUUAGGUAAGGAUUUACAUUCCUCAGAAAGAACUGAAUUAAAGAGCAAUGGAAAUGGGGAUGUUUCAAUUGCUAUAGAACAAAGUUCAGCUGGGGAUAGCACACAGGGCUUCAGGAAAGUAGAGUCAAAUACAGCACUAGAUCAAGUAAAGCCUAUGGGGUCUGCUUUAAGCAGUUCAAAAAGAGAAAGUGAUGUGUUGCUUGCCACUGAAAUCAACAAGCAAGAUGCUCCUGCAGUUAUCACAGAUGUUGCUGUACAGUUUUGAGAACAGAAGCUUUGGUCGCGUUUUUGUAUAUUGGCUAUUUUUAGAGUAAAAAGGCUCAUUAUAUUAGGUGAAUGGGGAGAUUGAUCCUAAUAUUGAGUAUGAGUCCUGAAUGUUCAUACAUUCAGGAGGUAUUCAUCUGUCUCUCAUCUAGAAAUGGAAGACACUGGUGUUGCUAUUGUAUUGCUUGUAUUCUGCAAGAAAGCAGUUGAUUCCUUAAUUGCCAAGGCUUUAAGCUACUGGAGUUGAGAGUAACAAUUGUGGGGAAUCAUGCUGGUUUAUGUUUCGCUGUUUCACUUUAUUUGGUACAAGUUUCUUACAGGAGGCAGUUUGGGCAAAGAACAGUGUUUGAGUUAAUGGUUGGAUUAGAAGACUUUUGGAUUCUUUCACUUGUUAUCAGAUUGCUUCAAUAAGAAUAUUUUUUGGGAUCCUGUGUCUCUAAAUGUAAUUUUUGAGGUACUCAACUUGUUUCAUUUUGAAAAUUGUUAUUAGAAUAUUUGUUGUACAUUUGUUGCAUAUAAACAAACUGUUUGAAGGGCUUUCCUUAUUA